AAAGGUGUGGCAAGACUGCGCAAAACCGUGCCUGCAACGUUGUAAGAGCUUAAUCACAAUGGCUGAAAAUACCCCGACCUCUCAAGCGUCUGAAGAAAUAACUUUGGAAGUUGUUGUCAAGUGGUUAGCUUUGAACCCUCCAGCUUCAUCCGGAUUGCAAGAGCCAUCCGAACAGGAAUGGAAUGCCUCCAAUGAGGCCAAAUCCGAACUGGUCGAGCUUGAAAGAGUUCAUCAACGCGAAUUGGACGAACUCGAGGAAAAAAUCCGAUUGGUUACUCUUAAUGGCACAUCGGAGGUUGAGGAUAAAAAACUGAAGACUUCCAUGGAACACCUCAAUGCUCAAGAGAAGAAUCUGGCCUCUGAGUUGAAAUUGCUACGGUCAAAAAUCGUGGAACUUUGGAUUCAGAGAGAAACGGAGGAAGACAUGAAGCAGGAGUUAUCAAAUGCUCUAGAACUGGAGGAACAAUCACUGAAGAAGAUGAAAGAAAACAUUCAGCGGGAUCUGAAUCGCUUCUCGGAAUUGCAAACCCAACUUCAUGAUGUGAAAACUUCUUUAGAGCUUUUGCCAAGUCUCAUUGGCCAAUCUGUAACCAACAACCAGAAUGUGGAACAAACCAUUUUUGAGGCUCAGGGGCUUUUGGAAGGCGAUAUGAAGACCAUGUCCGCCAUGUUGUCCGAGAGGAUGGCUCAGCUUCAACUGAAAAAGGUCUUGAUAAAACCCAAACACAAUAUGGAAUUGGAGGCCAGGAAAUUGGCCGUGGAGGAUGGCUUGAAUCGGAGUUCACUUCUUGAAUCCAAACUCUCUGGGCUUUCCAAGUACAUGGAAGUCAUGGAAAAAAGCGACCAAGUAUUCGAACCUUUGGCUGAAAAGUUGAAUUCAGAUAUUGAAACAUGUAACGCCCUGACUGAAGGGCGUUAUCUGAGAAGAAUCCCUACCCAAGAUGCGAACGUCCAAACGGAAGAAUAAUCUAGUUCAUAGACGAGGUCAAGGAUUGUACUACGACAUCGGAGACAUUUAUUUGCUUCUUAUUACCACAAAAAAUAACAUUUAGUAUUUGUC